CUGGUGACUGGGGUCACGAGGCGAUCCGCUCCCACUUCUGCGCCCAGACCCCAUACCAUCCCGCCUUUUUUGUUUUCAUCGUUUGAAAAGAGGCUCAUCGCUUUCCAUGGCUUCUGACUCUGUAAAAACUUCAAAGCCCUUUGCCCUAAUUCCUUCAUCUCUGCUCAUUCCAAAUCCUAAUCCUUCUCAAAUAUCUCCUCCAAAACUCUAACAUCUCUCUCUAUGAAUUGAUGGAAAUCACGGAAGAGCAGAGAAAGAGAGCGGAAACGAACCGCCUCGCUGCUCUUGCCAAGCUUAACCGCCCCUCUGCCAAAGCUUCCGCGAAUCAAGACGUGUGGAGGCUUUUCAGAUGCCGCAAGAUCUCGGAUCGGUUAUCCGAAGCCAUCCCUGUGGUUCCUUUGGAGCCUAAAAAUCUCGCAUCCGAUAUGUUCCUCAUCAUUCUCGAGAUCUGCGCCCCCGAUGCAUUCUCUAUCAUGCCGGAGCCGUUGGAGGGUUUUGCUUACCCUGGAGAAAUUGAGUGCUUGCAGAAGAUCGGUGCUUGCCUUUCGUCUGUUGGGCUAUUUUGCUCUAUGGAAAGUCAAUCCGGUGGAAGGGCUUCUGUUUAUGCACUCAAGGAUUAUGAUGUGGUGUUGAAGUGUCUAAAAAAGUUCCCAGGAAUUCAAUUGCAAGAGAUUCCUUGGAAAACACUUGCAGUUGUCAAAAAAUUUUCACAUUCCUUUAUGGUGAAUCAUUGGAUACCCUGUAUUCCAAGCCAUUUAGCUGAUGAUGAAGUUGAUGUAUUGUAUGAAAAGCUGCCUACCAUGCUUCGCAAUGCGUUGCUACCAUUUCAACUAGAUGGAUUGAGAUUUGGUCUACGUCGGGGUGGGCGCUGUCUCAUUGCAGAUGAAAUGGGAUUAGGAAAAACUAUCCAGGCUAUUGCAAUUGCGAGCUGUUUUAUGAAUGAAGGUCCUAUACUUGUUGUAUGUCCUGCCAUUCUGCGGUUUUCAUGGGCUGAAGAAUUGGAGCGGUGGCUUCCUUUCUGUUUGCCAACAGAUAUACAUCUUGUUUUUGGCCAUCAAAAUAAUCUCAUCUAUUUGACAAAAUGUCCAAAAGUAGUUGUAAUCUCAUACACAAUGCUUCAUCGUCUGCGGAAGACUAUGCUUGAGCGAGAAUGGGCACUUAUGAUAGUUGAUGAAUCUCACAACAUGAGAUGUACGAAGAAAAUACAAGAAUCACAAGAGACACAAGCUGUCUUGGAUGUGGCUGCAAAAGUUAAACGCAUAACUCUACUCUCUGGGACACCAUCUUUGUCAAGGCCGUAUGAUAUUUUUCAUCAGAUAAAUAUGUUAUGGCCUGGUUUGUUGGGGAAGGACAAAUAUGAAUUUGCCAAGAGUUACUGCAAAGUAAAAUUUUCUCGAGGGUCUCAAGGGAAGAUUUUUAAGGAUUUCUCAAGUGGCAUUCGAUUGGAGGAGUUAAAUGUGCUACUGAAGCAAACUGUGAUGAUAAGACGUUUAAAGGAGCACGUGUUAGUACAAUUGCCCCCUAAACGUCGUCAGGUCAUAAGGUUGAUGCUGAAUGCUAUAGAUAUUACCUUAGCAACAACUAUGUCUGGGGCGCUUGGCGUUCUUUGCAUGGAUAGAGGACGCAAGAGAAGAUCCCUGAUGAAUCCUUGCAAUUGCCAAAAUGACUUUUGUGGAGAUGGGGAGGAUUUCCAUGAUACCAAUGAUAACAAGGGUUGUCAUCGAACUGCAAGGCAGCUUUCCUAUCAAGAACUUGGUAUUGCAAAGCUUUCUGGAUUUCGUGAGUGGCUCUCCAAUCAUUCGAUCAUUACAGAGUCGGAAAGCGGAAAAGAUUUGGAUGCAAAUAUUAGCUCCAAGAAAAUGAUAAUUUUUGCUCAUCACCUAAAGGUUCUCGAUGGAGUUCAGGAGUUCGCAUCCGAGAAAGGAAUUGGAUUUGUCCGCAUUGAUGGGAGCACACUUCCCAGAGAUAGGCAAGCUGCUGUCCAAACUUUCAAAUCAUCAACGGAGGUUAGUAUCGCAAUAAUUGGAAUAACUGCUGGGGGUGUUGGGCUUGACUUUUCAUCAGCUCAAAGUGUUGUGUUCUUGGAGCUGCCUAAAUCUGCGUCAGAAAUGCUUCAGGCUGAAGAUAGAGCACAUAGACGAGGACAAACCAAUGCUGUGAACAUUUAUCUCUUCUGUGCGAAGGAUUCUUUAGAUGAAUCACAUUGGCGGCAUUUAAACAUGAGUCUGUUCCGUGUUUCAUCUAUGAUGAAUGGAAAGGUUGAUGCCAUACCAGAGAUAGAGGCCGACAGAGUUUUUGAUCUAGAUCUGGCUGGAGACUUUUCUCACUGUAUAAAUUCAGAAAGCAGCUCUGCUAAUGAUUUGGAAGUUGAAACUUCAUAUCGAGAUACUAUCAGUGAAUCUGAUGGCAACAUUGACGAAAAUGGUUUGUCGGACUAUACAAUAUCUGAUGCAAUUUCCUUCUCAAAAUUAGAAUCAACAAGUUCUACCAAUGCUGCAGUUAAUUACAAAAAGGAGGCUGUUGCUGAGAAAUGUGAAUCUGGUGAACUAAGAACUAAUGAGCAAAUGGAAUCUUGUACAAGUAAUUUGAUCCAAACAGUUGCACCCCAAUUUGAGGUUGACAAGACUAGUGUUUCAGAGAUGGUGCUGGUAGAGGGUUCUGCUCCAGGUCGAAAUGUAGAUGGCAAUGCUUUAGAUGUCAGUAAAGCGGGAAGUGCUGGCGUAAUUUCUAUACGUAAAAUAGAUAAGGCUGAUGACAGGGAUGAAGUGUUAGAGAAUAUAAAGCACAAAAAUAUUUCUUUCUCAAAUACAAAUUCAACAAUACAAUCUGAUGAAAAGUGUGAUUUAAAGUCCGAAGAAGUCGAAGGUGAAGCUGCGGAGCUGAUUCAUGCAGAUACUGACAGUUCAAUUCAAGCAGAUUCACUCCGCUUUGAGGUAAGCCAGUAUACUGGGCGAAUUCAUUUGUAUGCUUGCAUCCCAGGAAAGGAUUCAAGACCAAGACCAUUGUUUGAAAAUUUUCGACCAGAGGAACUGGAGUCAAUGGUUUUUUGUGCUACUGAUAUGAACAAAGAAACAGCUCCAAAACUCAUGAAGGAAAAUCCAGGAUGCCGGGAUGUUUGUAUGGCAUUUAUCAGGGAGUGGAACGAUCUAAGGCCCAUUGAACGUAAUAAAUUGCAAGGGAAGCCUUUACAACUACCCCUGAGCCUUGAGCUCUACUAUCUGAAGGAAAAUAUUAACCAUGGAUGCGAGGGUUUGCUGAAAGGUGGAAGCAAGCGACGGGUUACUCCUUUGUCUGAUAUAAGCUGUCCCUUACCACUGAAUGCUGUCUGGAAGAAGAUCUCCCUUCACAGUGGUUGUGCUAAGAAAGAAAAAGAAUACACUCAGGGUUGGACCAUGUCUGAUGAACCACUCUGUAAACUCUGUCAAAAACCUUGCAAUGGCAAGCUUGCCAAGUCACCUGAAUUCUUUGAGGAUCUGUUCUGUGAUUUGAGCUGCUUCGAAGAAUAUCGAAUAAGAACAAGUCAAAGAUCACUGCGUGCGGCACUUUUCCAAAUAGAACAUGGUGUUUGUACUCAGUGCAAACUAGACUGCCAUAAGCUCGUAGAAUGCAUAAGACCCUUAUCUGUUGCAAGGCGACGUGAGCACAUUGAAAAGGUAGCUCCUAAGGUGGCAAGCAACAAGAACUUGUUUGAUAAGCUUGUAUAUGAACCAAAUGAGGGUAAUGCAUGGCAUGCGGACCAUAUAGUACCUGUCUACAAAGGAGGAGGGGAGUGCAAACUGGAGAACAUGAGAACUCUCUGUGUGGCCUGUCAUUCUGAGGUGACCGCAGAACAACGGACAGAUCGGCGCUUAACAAGGAUCAAGGCAAAAGAACAGCUCAAACUCGUCAUGAGGGAGCUUAAAGAUGGAAGCAGGAGUGAACAGAUGGAGGUUGCUGAGGUGCAUGCCUGUUCAGGUGUGGGAGAGGCUACAGAAGAUGACGAACUGUUACUCACAGUCCCUGGAAGUUCAUACACCAGAGGAAAAAGCACAGUAUCCGAAAAUAAAGAACCUGAAAAUGACUAUACUUAGAUCAAAGCGAGGACUUCGAGAAACGAGCUGCCAAAAUCCUCUUGUUUCAACAAUAUCAUCCACCACAUUGGCCUCUGGCUGUGACACCUGUUGUAUUUUUGAUGUUCCUGUUGUAUGCCUUGAAGUUUCAAAGUCACAGAAAAUUCUAUUGUUCAGAGAGAAAAAUAAAAAGUGUAUGCCAAUUUCCAUUAUUUAAUUAAAUGAAAUUAGGGUUUUUCCUUUCGUUGCUUCC